UGAUUACAAAAAUUCAGUUCGGGUGUUUUUUUUUUUCAUAUAUAUUUUUUUAAGAAAAAAAAAUCAACGCAACUCUCUAUAAAAACUAAAUAUAGAUCGUUUUGGAGGGCAUGUUUAACGCGAGUGGUGUAAUACCAACACGUUUUUUAACAUUAAUCGCUCAUUUGUGUGUGCUAAUUAAUUUAUUAUGGAGCAUAAAAGAGACAUCAUCGAUGUUUUGUCACCACUACAAGCAUAUGUACCCAUACCAACACCAAGCACAACUCCAACAAAUUCAACAAGCUCAACAAACUCACGUACAGCGAGCAGUUUAAAUCUAAAUCAAGAAUAUCCAACUGCAAAAUGGAGUUUUGUAUUACUCCUUUCUGGUUUCUCCACAAUGGUCGGCUUAGCCAUGAGUUGUGGAUGGGGUAUUGGUGUGAUGAAUGCCCCGGCUGAUAUUAUCAAACAAUUUUGUAACGACAGUAUUUAUCAACAGUAUGAUGUAACACUUUCCGAAGGUGGUUUAAACUUUUUAUGGUCAUGUAUUGUGUCAAUUUUUAUUGUGGGUGGUGUCACUGGUUCAUUAUCUGGAGCAUGUAUUGCAAAUCGAGUUGGGCGAAAAGGAGCACUAGUCUGUGCAUACAUAUUAGCAUUACUUGCUGCAACAGGCUUUAUGUUCAGUAAAUCGUUUCAAUCCGUGGAAUUAUUACUUUUGGGACGAUUGCUUCUUGGAAUAUCUGGAGGCUUGACCACCAGUGUAAUGCCAAUGUAUUUAACAGAAUUAGCAACAAUUCAACAACGUGGUGCCAUGGGUGUAUUGUGUCCGUUAGGAUUAACGACUGGAUUGUUAAUUAGUCAGAUAUUAGGCUUAGAUUUCAUAUUGGGUUUACCAACUACAUGGCAUUAUUUAAUCUCAUUUUAUGCAGUAUUGCUUGUGAUUGGAUUGGCAGCGUUACCCUUUUUACCAGAAAGUCCAAAAUAUUUAUUUGUUAUACGUGAUGAGCCUCAGUAUGCUAUUCAAGAAUUAACCAAACUACGAGGCGUUCCCGCACAUGAAUUAGCUGAAGAAAUCGAAUUACUAAAAACCUCAAAACAUCUCGCCGAACAAUGCGAUUCUGAAUGGACAAUUGCAACUGUUUUAAAAGAUAGAUCUCUUUUAUUACCAAUAUUAUUGGUGUGCGCAUUACAAGGUGGCCAACAAUGUAGUGGAAUCAAUGCGGUAUUUUAUUAUUCCGUAUCCGUAUUCAAAAGUGCUGGAUUAAAUCCACAACAAGCUGCGUAUGCUAAUAUUGGCGCAGGCAUAAUGAAUUUCGCAAUUUCAUUCAUAGUUAUUCCAAUAAUGAGUUGUACCGGUCGAAGAACUUUAGCUUUAUUCAGCUGUAUUACAGCUGCGAUUUGUCUUAUCAUACUUUCAUUUUCGAUUACCUAUAUUACUUUCACACCAUGGAUGCCAUUUGUAUGUAUAAUAGCUUUAUUAUCAUAUGUUUUCUUCUAUGGAUUUGGAUUGGGUCCCAUUCCAUAUUUUAUUGGAUCAGAAUUAUUUGAUGUUGGUCCACGGCCUGCAGCUAUGGCAUUGGGUAGCAUGUGUAAUUGGGCUGGAAACUUUUUAGUUGGAUUAUUUUUCCCAUUAUUAUCUAGUUUUAUUGGUGCUUAUUCAUUUCUAAUCUUUGCUGGCGUUUGUGUUCUACUAUUUUUAUUUUUACGAGUAUAUUUACCAGAAACCAAAGGUCGUGAUGUCACUGAAAUUGCACAAAUAUGUAGUCAUGGAUUAUCACGACAAACGAAAAAGUAAAUUUCAAGCACACAUCAAAUUAUUUUUGAUUUGGUCAAUUAUGGACGGCUAUAGUCUUCGAUACAACGCUGCUGCGUCGUCUAAAAGAAUUAUUAUUUACAAAAAAUUAAAGCAUGUGCUUCUUAUGUGGUACAAAAUAAGUUUUUAUUAUAAAAUUUGUAUAUUUUAAUACUGUUCGUAAGUAUUGUACAAAGCGUCGGUUUUACGAACAGCUAAAAAAAUACACAAUUUGUAUAAUUAUAUGUGUUUAAUUAUAAUGAACUAUUUAAUAAUUAUAAAGGCGGGGGGAACGAAAUAUAAUCCAAAUAA